AUACAUAGGAAAGACGAAACUGAAAAAUCUGAAGUCCUCCUAUCGCAAGUAUGGACUUGCUGCUAGAGUGCACGGCAACAAGCGACGGCUCCCCCAAACAACUCUGUCCCAGGACGACAAUGAGAGUAUAGUUACAUACCUUACCAACUACUCUGAGGUCCACGGGAUGCUUCUGCCUGGUAGAGUCCCUGGCUACUGUCGCACGGAUAUCAAGCUACUUCCUUCUAGUGUGACCAAACGGAACAUCUGGAAAGACUACAGAGAUGCAAUGAUUAAGUGCGAUCAAAGAGCCGCAUCUUACCGUACCUUUUGCAGAAGGUGGCUGGAGUUACUACCAUCACUGGUAAUCAUGAAGCCUCUCACCGACUUAUGUUGGACAUGCCAACAACGUGGUGAAGCCAUCAAGAGUGCUUCAUCAUCACUAGAGGAGAAGAAUGCGGCACUCCAGGCGUAUCAGGACCAUCUCACCACCGUGACGAUAGAGUGGUCGUACUACACGGCUGUUCGCAAGGAGUGCAAGGAUUCAAUCACGCAGCACUACACAGUGAAUAACGAAUUCUCUCCUCCUCCUCUUCACUCCAGAGCAGAACCAAACUCGGCACCCAUCAAGGCUCACUAUUCUUUUGAUUAUGCUCAGCAGGUUCAUUAUCCGUGUGAUCCACUACAGCCUGGCCCAGUGUUCUUUCUCACUCCAAGAAAGUGUGCAGUCUUUGGUAUUCACUGCGAGGCCUUCCCACGCCAAGUCAAUUUCCUUUGUGAUGAGGCAGGUGACUGUGGGAAGGGCUCCAACACGGUGAUCAGCCAGCUGCACUACUUCUUGGAGAACCACGGGCUGGGUGAGACUGAUGUGUACCUCCACGCAGACAACUGCACGGGCCAGAAUAAAAACAACUAUAUGGUCUGGUACCUGCUGUGGAGGGUCAUCACAGGAAGGCACACUAACAUCACUCUGUCCUUCCUGGUAGUGGGUCACACCAAGUUCGCUCCUGACUGGUGCUUCGGACUCUUUAAGCGUCUCUUCAAGAGGACCAGGAUUGGUAGCCUAAGGUCAAUUGCUGAAGUUGUCCAGAAGUCAGCUAUUUGUAAUGAGGCACAGCUGGUCAGUGAUGAGCAUGGGAAUGUGAUUGUCCCAACACUGGACUGGAUCACCUUCUUCGCCCCUAUAAGUUCAAGAAAAUGACCGGCAUCAAGAAGGGACAUCAUUUCCGCUUUUCAUCUUCUCAUAAAGGUGUUAUGUACACUAAAGAGAGGGCGGACGUCAUCACAGAGAUUCGCCACGAACUUCUGAAGGAGGGAUCCACGUUUGACGACUGCGAGCUCCCAGAUAAGAUAACUCCAGCAGGCCUGGAAAAAUCACUUUGUAACUUAUGUUUACUGAAGUAAUACCAAGGGCGUAUACAGUGAUUUUGAUUCUUGCUAUUCUUCGC